UCGGUUCUCUGGCUUUUCAAUUGUUUAAUAUUAGUUAAAAAAAUAAUCAAUUUGCAAUUAAAACUGAAAAGUGAUAUCUUCCAUUGUGCACUUGGUGUGUCGUUGGUGAAACCAAUAUUCAACUGCAAAGAAUACGACUAGAAAUCCGGCUCCAAAUUACGUUUCAGUUUUUCGAGUUUUCCUCCAUUGCCAGCAGAACAGAAGUGCAAAAUAUGUGCGUUUCAGUGCGACGGGUGUCGAAAAUAAGAUGUCUACACCUGUAAAGCGUAAAAUCACACUUGAUCUUAACCCUAACAAGAAAGUACUUCCGAAAGAUCGUCCUAGCGUGUUCCAGCGUCUCGGUACGAAAAAGUUCCCCCUUCCGGCAUCAGCGUCGUCCACCGGCGGAAGUGGAUCCUCGAAGCAGCGAGAAGAUCAGGAACCGCAAGAGGUUAAUAAAGAGGAGAUAGUGAAGAGAAUUGUUAGCUGUGACGAACCCAAACCGAAACCGGUUCUUCCCCCGAAGGUAGUUCCGGAAAGUGUAUCGGCGCACGCCAGAUUAAUUGAAGCUCAGUUGGCGGCCAAGCUUGGUAAAGUAAUUGUAAGCCGAGGUGAAACUAUCGGUGCGAGUCCUGUUCCGCCUCCGGGGCCAAUCGCUAAGAAAAACGCGGAAACGGACCGUGUCGCCGCAGGCCACAGCAGCUCGUCAGCUGGUGAUCGUGGGGGAGGAGGAAGCAACAGAGAAGCAAGCAGUUCCGUUCCAUCUGCCGGUGCAGGUGGCGGCUGGGAUCAGUCCACCCUGGAGAAUGCUGAUCAAGACAUCCUAGAGCGUAAACGCAAAGAACUGCAACACGAGCUGAAACUGGAGAUGGAUGCCAGCGGCGGGGGAAGCAGUAGCCAUCAUCAUCACCAUCAUCGUCACACGUCCUCUUCGGCGGCUGCAAUGAAGCAAAAAUCCGCCAAGGAAACCUUGGUGGUGAAGAAAGUCCGUAAAGUACCACCGCCUCGAAGAUCGUCGUCCAGCUCGGACAGUUCUAGUAGCAGUGGCUCGGAUUCGUCCGAUUCCGAUUCAAGCUCUAGUUCUAGCAGCUCUAGCCGUGACUCGCGUAGAGUAAAAAAACGAGUCGUACGCCAUCGGCGGGAAUCUAGUUCCAGCUCGGAACGGGGAGGCAGUAAAAAGGUUUUGAAAAAGCAUGCUAAAAAAUUAUCCAGCGCAGAUGGAACGAAGCGUAUUGUUACUAAGAAGGUUGGCACUCACCUAACCACUAAAAUUCGCGUAAAGAAAGUCACCAGCCCCGGUGGAACUAGCCAUCUACGGAAGGUAGCUCGGGAGGUUUCACCCAGCGGCAAGACUCCGGUUAAGUACGCAAUGAAGAAAGUUGUUUCUUUGAAGAAAGAAAAACACUCCGCUACAAUGGUCGAUGCUCGCGAACGUGUUCGCGAGAAAGAACGUGAAAUGGCACUUCGCGAGAAGGAACGGGAACGGGAAAAAGAACGUCUUCGCAUGCGGGAGCGAGAGCGAGAACGUGCUGAACACGUCAAGAGCCGCUCACCGCCACGAUCCCAUAUUCGGUCCCGUUCUCCGCGUUCCCGUAUUUCACCAGCUGCUAUGUCUUCCUCAUCCCGUGGAGGGCGAGAAUUGAGCAAAAAAUCCCCUGAACCAUCACGUUACCGAGACCCCCCGGUAGCAAUUUCGAGACGCUCCGAGCGUUCCCCGGAACGUAUCGACGAUCGCCGACGCCACGAAUCUCUAAAAGACCGCGAACGCCGUGAACGGCAGGAACGUGAAUUGGCCCGAAAUAAAGAACGCGAAGAAGCGUUGGCCCGCUGCCAGGAGCGACAGCGGGAACGAGAACGGUUAGCCGCUGCAAAGGAAAAAUCCAGACGGCCCUUGGUAUCCGUUGCAAUGGACAAGUCGGUGGAUGACGGUGGACUGGAGAAACCGGACCGUCAUCGUCCGGUCGAACGUUUGCUGCCACGUCCGGCUGAACGUGCUCGUGCAUUGGCAGCCGCGAGGUCUCCAGGCAAGCUCGAUCACGAUCGCAGCCGUACGCCGAAUUCGCCGCGAAACCGAGACCGAAUUGCACCAAGAGAGAGGUCCUUCGAUCGGGGAGGUGGUGGCUUGGAAAGAGGGUACAUGGAUCACCAUGAUCGCCGCAGUCGUUCCCGCGAACAGCGGGAGUACGUGACCCCAAUCGUACGUGGUGCACGUUCACGGGACAGUCCAUUCGAACGACAUGCACCACCGAUGCGCGAAACACGUGACUAUCGUGACACCGAACAACGUGGAUAUGAGAAAGAACGUCGUGCACCAGAUUAUGCGCGUACAGAAUACCCAGAUGAUCCCCUACCGCGUCGGGAACAUGAGCGAGAAUGGGAACGUGAACGAGACCGCGAGCCAGAUCGUGGAACUCGUGGCUUCGACCGACGUGGAGCAGAUGAUCAUGGCAGAGAAUGGGAUAGAGAGCACGUACCAGCACCGUCGCAUGGCCACAGUCACAGCCAGGAGCCGUAUCAAGCGUCCUCUAGAAGCUGGGAUGAUCCCCACUGGAAAAAGAAUGACGCUUGGAACAGCGGCGAGAAAGAGCGUACCGAUUGGAAGUACCAGCCGGAACGCCAGUGGGAACGUGACGAUCAUGCGGCCGUGGGACCACCGUCUCACUCACAUUCACACGGUGGAGGAGGUGGUCGCUGGCAAGGGGGGCAUCUGGACCAGCCUCAAGGCUCUAGUUGGCACAACAAGCCAAAGGAUGACAUGGAAUUCACUCCCCGUCAUAAACUGGCGGGAAGACUGGGCGACGCUGGCGCUGGAGGUGGUGAGCGCGGUGGUGCAAGCGACCGCGGAAUGUUCCGCCGACACCAUCCGGGACAUCAGCCAAUGUUUCUACAUGGUCGCAAAAGUCACGUAGGAGGAAUGGGUGGUCCAGGUCCAGGCCGCUUCGGCAACCAACCAAAAUACGGUAUUAAUCGUGCUCCGCAGAAUGUUGGUAUGCAAUCUCGUCAGUCGCCUGUCCAGCAAUCCGGACCGGCGGACAAUCGAGAAGCUCCAGCCUCAAGUGGUACAAAAGACACCGGAGGUCAUGAGAGCAGUUUCACGUACAGACCAGCUGAAAAGUCAUCUUCUUUAAAUGAUGCUGUCGCUCCGAUUGCUGCUGAGGCCGAAUGGGACGAGGAAGCUGAUGCGGGACCAAUUCCGGUCCCGGCUGCACCGGCUACAGGCACAGCCGUUACGGCAACUACGGCAGCAUCUGAGAGCACAGAAAGCUCUGCGACACCAAGCAACGUUGCAACCGAAGCAGCUGCACCUAUCGUCGAGAAGAAAGCACCAGAACCAGCAACGGAACCGAUUCUAGACGAGGAUAACCUAAGUGAAAUCAGUGACGAUCCGGACGAUAUACUAACCCGGGAAGAGGACGUAACCAGUCAGCCAAACGAAUCGAGCAGUGGUGGCGAUAAACUGUUGUCAAGUGAGCAGGAUGCUUCCGGCAGCGGUGGCGGACUACACCCGGGCAACAAUGUAGGCUCGGAAGAAGCAGCACAUUUGAAUGCUUCGCAAGCAACCGGAGGAGCACAUCCGACGGACACACAAUCGGGCAAUGUUUCCGCCGAACAACAGGAACCGAAAGAUGCCAAGGAGGCAGGGAAGUUGCACGCCAACAAAGAGCUGAAGGAGGAAAUGGAUCUGGACUUUGAGGAAAUAUCCGACGGCGAACUGGAGGAGGAAAACAAAGUCAAAGGUCUAGGGGACGCACUGGGCGUAGAUUGGGCCAGUUUGGCCCAUGAAACUCGUGCCAAGCUAAAACCGGAACAAUCCAUUCCGGUAUCGGCACGAAAUCGCUGGAAGGCACAUCACAUUUUACUAGACAUCGGCAUAUCCGUUCGACUCGCAGGUGAGGCUUACGCCCAGCGGGUCCUUACUGGGUCCAAGGAAAAACUGCGCGAAGAAAUAGAAGAGUUCAAAGCGGCAGCCGCCGCUGCCGAACAGCAGAAGGUUGCUGCGGUGAAAAAAGAGCAGGAGGAACAACUUUUUAACGGUAUUAAAAUCAAGAAAGAAAUCCUGGACGAAGAGGAGCAAGAAGCACAGAAAGAACUCGAACGCAAGCAGACAACGAAUGUGAAGAGCGAAAGCGAACACGUCGAGAGUAAGGAAACGAGCGAACAGGAAGCGAACCUGGCCGGAAUCGACAAAAUCUUGCAUCCGGUAGCGUCGGUACAUGUGGCUAUGCGCGAAAAAGCUCGAGCACGUCGCGAUCUUAUCCUGUGCUCGGCUGGUCCACACAGCCGCGCACUGAGCGCCCGACGUGAUCUCGAAAUCCGUCGCCAGUUGUGCGGUUUUCCCCCGCAGGAAUGCAAUGAAAGAAUCAGCGAGCACCAGUCGCUGCCUACCAAUCCGGAACUGCACGAAACCGUUCUGAAGCUCUUUCAGGCCACGAUGCAACCGAAAAAGAUAGAAGUACAGUAAGGUGAUUCUUCGAACUUAUUGACCCAUUAUUAUGCAGUAGAGCGUUUCUCCGGUUUAUUGUAGUUUAGCAUUGACUGCAAAGAUGAAGCAGAUUUAUUUUCUUUUUCUUAGAUACUUCAUACGCAGGUAUAUACUCCCUACUUAGAUACUGUCUAUAUGUAAACUUACCUACAUAUGACACACACACAUAUAUUAUUAAAUGUUUUUCUCCUAGGCACUCGGCUGAUUAUAGGCUCAAAACAAGAAUGCAUUUCUCUUCGCUUAGCCGCAAUUUAACCAACUGACAGCGUAUUAUAGAAUCGUGCUGAUUAAAUUUUCUUUUUCUCGUUGUGUACCCUGAAAAACCUGAAAAACGUAGAAGAUCAAAAAUAAAGUGAUACAAGUUUUA